GAUAGCGCAGGUACUAGGCUCACAGCCCCGACGAUGCGCUGCUGCUGCCAUAGCCGCCGCCGCCGGCCGCCGCGCGCCCUGGGGCUGCUGCUGCUGCUGCCACUCGACCCGCCCCCCUCCACCACGUCAGCUCCUUCACCCGGACCACCCUCACCUGACCUGAGGCCCCAGAAACUCGGAGGAAGAGCCAAUUCGUGGGAUGCAACACCCCUCCUUCCGCAUAUAUCCGGGUCCGGCCUCGAAGGAGGCCAAGGCAGGAGAUCCCCAGACGUGCCCCUCAGUUCCCUGGGGGCCCGUUUCACGCUGAGUCAUGUCUCCCGAGCCCUCCCAGCAGCCGUGGCCGUCUCAGGCCGCUGUGACACCAUAUACCAGGGCUUUGCCGAGUGUCUCAUUCGCUUGGGGGACGGCAUGGGCCGCGGAGGCGAGCUGGAGACCGUCUGCAGGUCCUGGAAUGACUUCCACGCUUGCGCCUGGCAAGUCCUAUCGGGCUGCCCGGAGGAGGCGGCCGCCGUGUGGGAGUCACUGCAGCAGGAAGCUCGUAGGGCCCCGCACCCGGAUAACUUGCACGCGCUGUGCGGCGCCCCUGUGCGCGUCUGGGAGCGCGGCGCGGGUCCCGAGACCAACCAGGAGACGCUGCUGGGAACAGCUCCCGCCCCCGUCUCGACCCCCGACCCCCGGCUCCUGGCGGCAGCUCUGGCGCUCGCCUGCCUCCUGGGGCCUCUGGCAUAGCUACCAGAGUCGGGUAGCAGCGCCCCCGCCUCCAGCUCUGCCCCGGCGGCUGCCGUCGGGCCUCUGCAGAGCGCGUUCGACUUUCAUUAAAGGCUCCUUCCAGCCUCCAGGCUCCUGACCAUCUCACCCGCGCCCUCUGCUGAAAUGCCACCUCAGCCUUCAAGUCACAGCUCAGACUCUGUGCCCAGUCCUGUCCCCCUACUGGGGUCCCAGUUCAUCUGAAGGGGGACUGUUCCAGAAGGUGGGGCGUCCCAACUGGAAUCCACAUUCAAAUCCCUAGCAUGACCUGGAAUUGCAGAAACUGGGGUCACAACGACGGUUCCACAGCUUGUUCUUUGAGAAGAGGUGUGCAGCAUGAAGUCAGCACAAUCGCAGAAGGCUUUCUGGAAGCAGUGACCUGAGGGUGUGUGGUGUGUGAGGAGCCCUGUUCAUUCUGCUGAAGAGGAGGGGCAAGAAUCAGCAUGGGCAGAAUACUGAGAGAAAGAGGAGGCUGCAAAGUGUGUGGGACCAGCCAGGUCCCCAAGCCUCCUUUGAUCAGUCCUCUACUCUCUACCGCCACCAGCAGGACCCACUUCCAGUCCAUCACCCAGGAUCUGUGUGGACCCUGCCAUGGCAUCCUCACUGGCUUCUAACAACUCUUGCUUCCUUCACUUGAUUCUCUACUUUCUAAACUGAAAACUGAUCCUGAUGUUGAGUUCUUUUUCCUUAUCUACAAGUUGGUACAUAAGCCAGCUCUGCCCACAGUUUAUUCAAUCCACCCUUGAAACUACCCUCUCUGGGAGUACAGAGGAGUCAGCUACCAAAUCCUUGGGGUUAGGGGAGGCUUCAGAGAAGGGGGACUCACAUAGGGGGUGAUAGGAGGUAAGGAUGUGAUGGAGGUGGUGGAGGAGAAGUAGGGCUGAGUUGGAGAGAGCUUUUCAAGAGGGGCCCAAAGGGAUGAGCUGGGAGGGAGGGCAUGGAGGGAGCUCAGAGCUGGCAGGCCAGGCUUACCCUAAAGCCCAUGCUAGGAGGCUGAUUACCCUCUCUUCCCUCUAGGGCAGUCAGGCCUGAGAGACCUGUGCUUAGGCUCCAUGGUGAUAGGUACCUCCAGAGAUUUCCACCAGGUGUGUAGGAACCCUACCUUACCUUUGCUUCCUGUUCUAGCUAGCUCAGAUGCCUCAAUGAACUCCCCAUCUCUGUCCUGCCUCUAACUUUGCUCCUGUGCUUCAGUUACCUGGACUUCUAACCCCACUUCUCUCUCCCAAGUAGUCAUUACCCAUCUUCUCAUAUCACCUAAAGGAGAAAGUUCAGGAAAAUUCUCCCUCAAACGGGCCCCUUUGUCCUGUCCCCAGCACGCUAAACUCUGAACUACUACACUUUUCUUUCAUACCUCUGGGUCUUUAUACACAUAUUCUCUGUGCUCAAAAUACCCUUUCCCAUUUCUUCCUAGCCAACUCCCACUACUGUUCCUCUUCCAGGAUGUCUUUCCUGACCCUAACCCCUAGCUGGAUCAGAAACCCCCAUCGGACCACUCAGCUCCUGGGCUCCCUGUCUCAGCACUGAAAGCAUUGGCUUGUCACUUGGUGGAUCCAGGUUAGAAUACCACACUGUGGGCUCCCCAAAGGCAGGAAUCCUAUCAAAAUCCUCUUUGUGUCUCCAGCACACAGCCAAGGGCUGGGCAUAAAGGGUACACUUGUGGAAAGAAAGGUAGAAUGUCUCAGUCCAGCACUGGAAGUGUUAUAGUCAGUGAGAGUUUAGACAGUGAAUGGUCCCAGUGUGGAGGAGUUCUAAGCUGGGGGCAGCCACCACAGCAUGGGCAUACUUCUGGGAGGGAUGAUACUGGGGUCUAGACCACAAGGGUCUUCCCUGAGCCAUUCUAGGUAGUUAGGCAGGAGCAGUCUGUUUCCAGGAGCAGGGACCCUACUGCUCUGGCCAGUCAUCAGAGGGAUUACCAUCCUCCUGCUAUGACCUAAAUUCCCUCUGGUUUUUGCUCCCUAAGUCCCUGCUCUCCCCUGGAAUUGAGAGACCUGAGUGGGUAAAGGGGGAGGAGAGAGAAUCUGCUCUCUGGCCAGGGGCUUAAAGGCUUUGUGGGUUUUAUCCAGAGCUGGAGGGGAGGGAUGGGCUGAUGGCCAACCUGGCUGAACUGUGGGCACAACUGCCCAGGCCGGAGAUCGCGGUGAUGGUAUUCCUCAGCCUUGCAUCUCUGUGAACACGAAAUAGCUUCUUGUUUAGGGGAGAGCCUGGGAGCUGGAUGUCCUGAGUCCCAGUCCCCUGUUCAUCAUCAAUAUAACCUCCUCACCUCAGAGUCUCAGGCUCUUCAUCAGAGCCCGGACCAGACGUGCAAACAGUAAAGGCUCAAUAAAUAUUUCUUGAAUUAAUUUGCUGGAUGUCUAUAAAAUGGAGCUGUUAUAUGGGUUUCUGUGCCUCAUCAACCCUGGAAUUCUCUAUGACUUUUAACCCUCACAACUCUGAGUCAGGAUUAUGAUCUCCAUUUUACAGAUAAAUAUUUGAGGUUUAGGGAGGGGUGUUGUCUUGCCUAAGGUCACACAGCUAGUGAAAGGUCAGACCUGGGAUUAUAUCACGAGUUUGUUUAGCUCCAAGCUUUAAUUAUUGCACUUGACUUUUGGAAACAAUUCAAAAAGUUUUUCUUUUUUUAAUAAAAUCUUGUAUGAGACCCCACUACAUAAAACAGAGAAAAUAGUGUUUUAUUGGCAUUUUUUUUAAGGUUCAAAGUACAACAUUGGUUUAUACAGUCAAUCGAAGAUAGUUCCAGGAGCAAAGUAAGUGCUCAAUAAAGAUUUGUUGAAUAAAUGAACAGACUGAAAUGAGGAAGUUGGAGGGAGGUUACAAUCUCCUAGUGACCUGGAGCAUCUAUUUUUUUCCUUAAACUUGGAUUAAUUGUAAAGUAGCGAAACAGUUCUGAUUCUAUAGAGAAGUCAUCGUGAAUGGUAACAAUAAUAAUGUGUCUUUUGCGGGGAGGGGUAUAGACUUUACUUUUUAGAGCAGUUGUAGGA